CGUGAGACUUUUAUUUUGUAGAGCGAGUAACUUCCGUUUGUUUUCUACAGGGAAGCGAAAGGCUACGAUACACUAUUAUUAUAGCCGUUUAGUGUAAAAAUGGGGGCUUGUAUGGCUUUGUGCUCUUUAGCCAGCUGUGCGUCCUGUCUGUGUGGCUCAGCUCCAUGCCUUCUGUGUGGCUGCUGUCCCUCCUCCAAUAACUCCACCAUCACACGGCUGGUUUUCUCCUUCUUUUUGCUUUUGGGCACCAUGGUGUCUGUCAUCAUGAUCCUUCCUGGUAUGGAGACACAGCUCCGUAAAAUCCCAGGAUUUUGCCAGGGAGGAAGUGCCGUACCUGGUUUCGAAAACCAGGUUAACUGUGAUGUCAUUCUGGGCUACAAGUCUGUGUACCGCAUGUGCUUCGCCAUGACUUGCUUCUUCUUUCUGUUCUUCGGCAUCAUGAUUCGUGUCCGUAGCAGCAAAGACCCACGUGCCGCUCUUCAAAAUGGGUUCUGGUUCUUUAAAUUUCUCAUCCUGAUUGGGAUUACAGUGGGAUCUUUUUUCAUCCCUGACGGAACCUUUCAUACUGUGUGGUUUUACUUCGGAGUGGUGGGAUCCUUCAUCUUCAUUCUAAUCCAACUUAUUCUGCUCAUCGACUUUGCCCACUCCUGGAACAAAGUGUGGGUAGAAAAUGCUGAAAAUAGUGACAACAAAUGCUGGUUUGCAGGCCUGCUGUCUUUCACCGUGCUCUACUAUGCACUGGCUAUCACUGCUGUGGUGCUGUUCUACGUUUACUACACACAACCUGACGACUGCACAGAGCACAAGGUCUUCAUCAGCCUCAACCUCAUCUUCUGCGUCAUAAUCUCCAUUGUGUCCAUCUUGCCCAAGAUACAGGAGGCCCAGCCACACUCCGGUUUGCUCCAGGCUUCACUCAUCUCCCUCUACACCAUGUAUGUCACUUGGUCUGCAAUGACCAACAAUCCAAAUCGAAAGUGUAACCCCAGUCCUGUUGAGGCUCGUUCAAACGUCAGCAGCACUGAACCCUCUGGUGACCCGGGACAGGUGCAGUGGUGGGACGCUCAGGGCAUUGUUGGUUUGAUCAUCUUCCUCUUCUGCACUCUCUAUGCCAGCAUCCGGUCGUCCAGUAACACCCAGGUAAACAAGCUGAUGCAGACGGAGGAGGGCGGAGGGUCGGGUGGGGAGGGUGUGGUGGGAGAGGACGGCCUACGCAGGGCCAUGGACGAUGAGGAGGAGAAAGUCUCUUACAGCUACUCCUUUUUCCACUUCCACCUCUGUCUGGCGUCUCUGUACAUCAUGAUGACUCUCACCAACUGGUACCAACCGGACACCACCACCCAGCUCAUGCAGAGCAGUAUGCCAGCUGUGUGGGUGAAGAUGGCCUCCAGCUGGCUGGGCCUCGGGCUUUACCUCUGGACCCUCAUGGCCCCUAUCAUCUUCCCUGACAGGGAUUUCAACUGAGCCACCUUGUCCACCUUGUCUUAGCUGUAUUUGGUUGUUUUAGUUUUCUUGCCUCUGGUUUUAGGCAGUGUGAAGGAUGCUAUGAAGGAAUUGUGAAGGAUGCUAUAAAGGAAACGCUUAACAUUUCAUUUAUUCCUUUUAUUUUAAUUGUUAUAAUUGCCUCUGCUGUUAUUGUGCUUUGUUGUUUUACCUCUCUCAGUAUGAUUAUUUAGUGGGAUAAUCACUACAGAUAUUUGAUCUUUUUAAGUAGAUGUUUGUAGUUAGCUUGAUUGUUGAAGGUUUUGGCUACAAGAAUGUCUUCUUCUUCUUUUUGUUUUGCCUAUGACACCUUCAUAGGCAGCUCCCUACCCUACCUCAGACAUUUCAGAUUCCCUUCUCAGGGCCUGUGAGAUCAGACUUCUCUGAUUGGCCAGGUCUGGAAUCCCUGAUUAGCUGGACUCGUUUAGCACUGGGGGCAACAAGGGGAACCCUUUUCCGGAGCCCCAGAGUGAGUUGAGUGUGAGAGUUAGAUAAGACUAUUACGGCACGCCCUACAGAGCAUAACAGGGCUUCCCUUUUGCUGCUUGACUGAAUGCAAAUCCACGUCAUUCCACCUCCAGCCAGAGAGUCUUUAUAGGCCACCAGUGUAAUCUCAGCUCUUCCUCGUUUACUCCAACAAUGGGGAAUUUAUCUCUGGUGCUAUGCCUUUUCCAUGUCUGACUGUGUUUGACCUUGUUGAGCCACGGGCAUGGUUAGCAGCCUGUUUGCAGCAGGGAGUCAUGUAUUGAUCCAUAGCAAUCAGCAUCAUGCGAUGUGCAGCGGUACGGUUCAGGAGGUGAUGGUGUGAACGCCACAAUGCUCUCACAAAUGUCAUUAUUUCAAGAAUGUUGCAGAGCGUGAUAUUGAGUUGAGAGAGGAAAAAAAAGGGAUUUUUAAUUGUUGUUUAAGUGUACAAUUGAAUUUCAGAAAUGAUACAUUGCUGUUAAAUGGUAUUGACCUUUAUAGUAUGUUGAUGGUGGUACGAUCAUUUUAUGCAUUAUGUUGUAGUUCCAUAAUUAAUAGGAAUGGAAUAAGUUGGGAAAAAAAGACAGUUAUGUUUUAUACUUGUAAAUGUCUUUGGUACAAUCCUGAAAAUGUUAUCGUUUGUCUUCGUCUAUGUUAUGUUAUGUUCUUUUGAAACAUUUCAAUGCCCACACACAUGAAUCUGAUGUCCUGUUUCUCUGGCUGCAUAAGAGUAUUGUGAGUUUUGCUGUGAUUAAUUCAAGUCUUUUUUAAUUGUUUGUUGUACAUUUCACCAUCAUCACCUUAUGGAGGUGAUUAUUCAGGCACAGUUGCCAGUGUUGGAUCAUAACAUGUAAUGUUUCAAAACCCUAUGAAGUGCCUUUCUGUAGUCCUGCGGCUCGAAAAGAGUUUAACCCUAAUGCUGAGGUGUGCGUAUUACUUGCCUUACAUUGUGGUAAGUCAUGUCAUUGCAUGUUAAUAAGGCAAAGUCCUAUGACAUUAAUUAAUAUUGCAAUUAAUGUACAAGCACUUCUUUUUAAUAAAGAUGGAAAUCUAUCACUCGCUCUUCGUCUUGAUGGCGCCUCAAUAGAAGCCUCCAGUUGUGUCCCAUGAGAAAUGUCAAAUAGAUAAAUUGAGUAAAAUAUUCUUCAUCAGUACGCUAUGAAGAUGGGAGUGUAAGAACUACAAAACAUUUAAUAAAAACAUUUGAUUACC